AUGCACGGUUUGUCGGCGGCCGGUGCGGCCUCUCUGAGGUCUUUCCAUGGCGGUGCUCCAUCGGCGCUCCUCCCACGCUACGAUUGUCACCUUCCCGAGGCCGCCAGGGGAGGGGCCGUCGUCGCGGCCGCAGGUAGCUCACUGUCUCCUACAGAUCACCUCUUCAGCUUCUCCUGCUGCAUCGUCCUUAUUUUUUCUACCUCCCUCGCCCCUUUUGUUGAGUAAUCGAGCUCCGUAAGCGUAGAGGGGCCUGUGAUUCUUCUUUCCCGGUGGUGUUGGUGGCGUGGGAUGGGCGCAUUUCUCUUCCGGAAAUUAAUUUAGUUAGAUUUCUUCUUUCUGAUGAGGUGGUAGUGGUUAGCAUCUCUUCGGCAGUGUUAGCAGCUAUGGUCCGUUCGCUGCCGUUACAUUUUGAAGAGCAUAAAUGUCGGAGAGGGAGGAAAACUUGGAGCCUUCUACAAUUUUGGUUUAAUCGGCAACAUUUUAUUUAGUGCGUUCCCUCAGCUGCGGGGAGCACUUGGAGAACCACAUUAUUUAUGGCAUGAUUGUGCAGGACGUGUAUGCAUGUUUAAGAAAGUGCCUUCGUUGAAGUCAGCUUCUAGCUAUGUGCGGCUUCAGGACGGUAAAAAUGCGUUUUUAGGCAAUAAUGCUGUCUCCACUCAAACUGAACAGAAGAGGCAAGUUUAAUUUUUAAUAUUUCAUUAUUUUUUAAGCAGCUUUUCGACCGUUUAAAUUUUCUCUGAUGUCGUUGCUAUCUUUUCAGAGCAGGGAUCGUCAAGUGUGCUACAAUUGAGGAAAUUGAAGCUGAGAAAUCUUUGAUUGAGAAGGAUGCGGUAUGUGAUGAUUGCCUUUUUCUAGUUAGAUAACGAACAUCUGGUUACUGAGUUCAUUUCGAUUCCUCCUACACAUGUUUCAGAAACAAAGGAUGGAAAAAACAAUUGAAUCUAUGCGGGCUAAUUUCAAUGCUGUCAGGACAGGAAGAUCAAAUCCGGCAAUGCUUGAUAGGAUCGAAGUAUGUCAGCCAAAUUGGUAGCUACUAUCAGUUUAUCAUCAUUUAUAGUUUCUUAUUCGAAGUGAUUCCAUCUUUUUUAUUUAUCAGAAAUAUACUGACAAGGAAUGCCUGUCGAUCCAUAAAUGUUUUCUGAUUUGAAAACUAUAUCAAUUUAGGUUGUUUUAAUAGUAUUAAAGUAGAAAUGUGCUGGGAAAAAUUUAUGGCUUUGAUAAAUAUAUUUUCAUGUAGAAAAGAAGGCUGAUAUUCUCGUGUAAAUUGAUUGACCUCGAUUGUCGUGUCCUGAUCAGAUUUGCCAUUUCAGGUCGAGUACUAUGGGAGUCCAGUUAGCUUGAAGAGCAUUGCACAGAUCAGUACUCCGGAUGCAAGUUCCUUGCUUGUUCAACCUUAUGACAAGUCUAGGUAAUGUCUCCAGGGUUAUCUGAUUCAGUUUUUAAUGCGUCCCAGCCUUGUCGCUUGUUAAUUAAAGAAUUUUCCAUUUAUCAGACGCCUUUUACAUAUGAGAGAUUCGUUCUUCACAAAUCCAAUGAGAUAGAGAUAAAUUACAUUUCAUGUCAGCAGCCUUCCUGUCAAUCUAGAAUACUGUGGAUGCUGGGUUAUUCCAUGAUUCCAUUACAAACAAAAAGCAUCUUGUGCAUGUCGGCCUUUGUGGAAUGUAUUUGCUUUUUUUUCAUUGAGUUUGAAUGGUUGCUUUAGUAUUUUCAUUAUGACCCUAAGAAAUAUGUUGCCUUUCGGGAAAAUAAUACAUUGCAGCCCAGAUACUAGUGAUAAUAGAAGUGACAUAUUCAUGUGAUAAGCAAGAGUUGUUCAACCCAAGUUUGAAAAUGAUGCUACCAUUAUCUAGUGCGUAAAAGAAAAUACAGAAUUCUAACAUAUCUUACAAAUAAACCUUUUAAGCUACCAAUUUGAGUCUAUAAAAUGAAUUUUCUUCAAAACGUGAAGAACUGAAUAGCCACUCUCAUUAUCACUAAUACCAGCAGAUCCUCACAGAACAAAUAGCCGAAGCGUAAUUUCUCUACUAUAUUUUUAUGACUGCCAAGCCAGUCCUGUCAUGAUAUCACCGCUGGAUGAUUAUUGCUUUAAUUCUCAGUAUCAUUUCAAAUGUUUAUCAGUUUUUUAAUCUGGUUUCAAAACUGUGUCCAGCUUGAAAAUUAUUGAGAAAGCUAUUGUCAAUUCUGAUAUUGGUUUAACCCCAAACAAUGAUGGAGAAGUGAUACGAUUAAGCAUCCCUCAGUUGACAUCUGAGAGAAGAAAGGUAUAUGCGUACAUCCACAUCUAAUAUUUUAUUUUACUCCUUUAUUUUGCCUAAUAUACCGACAUUACAUUGUCAGUGAACAUCACAUGCAAUUUACUUGACCUUAUGGACUAUGACACUAGUAUUUUUUUGGAAUGGUUUGGUUUCAAAGUUUUCUGGUUUUUUUUUCAAAAAAAAAGAAUUGGGAAAAUAUGAUUUGGCCGUUGUAACUAUCGAAUAAAUCUGCUUCUUAGUUGUAUUUUCUCUGUAAAUUAUUGUACAAGUUUCAAAUUGGUGAUGGAAAUCAGUGAUAGUCACAAAUAUUACCUGGAUAAUUGCUCUAGGCUUUCCUCAAGACUAACCAUUUACCCGCUGCACCAUCUGAAUCUGGAUAGAAGUCCUCCCUCCAGGAGCCUGGGCCCCAUUUUUUUCCAUUUAGUUCACGCAUUGGUUCUCUCAAAUGAAUAUAGAUCAGUCAAAUAUCCCAGUAAUAUAGAACAGGCGUCCCCCAAUUUAUGAAAGAUACAGUUUAGAGUUCAUGGCAGAGUCCAAUAUGGUAGUUGUUAUUUUAAUGCGCCGGAAUUUUCUUCUGGAAACCUGUUCAAUUUCAUAUGAAUGCCCUCAGCCUUGUCCUAUUUCCAUAUCUAUUGCCUGGUGAUUGUAUAUCAUGCCUUUAAUGACUUCGAAUUUUCCUAAGCUGCCCAGAAUCUAGAAUACAAAAGCAUUUAUCAGUGAAAGUCAUUUCUAAGUGAUCUUAGUUGAAUUAAAAAAAAAUCUCUACUGGGAAUCUUGAAAAGCCACUUUUUGACUACAACAUUGACGAAGUCAACAAUGACGCAAUUUCCAUUCCCUGGAAAAGAAAAAAAAUAUAAUCUGGAUUUCCAGUGCACACAGGGAGGAAAAGGCAGAUUCUUAUUAUUAUGAUUAUGUAGAUCGAGUGAAAGGGUUGACCAGAGAGGUAUAAGAAAUGCUGAAUGGCAUAUGUGGCUGGCUGCCAAAGUUCUUGGCUUCUGAGUGAAAUGAAAUGACUGAAUUAUUGACUAUUCUGGCAGAGUUUGAAGAUAUUACCGUAGCAGAAAAACAUGAUCCUAGGUUAUAUGAAGGUAGAUCAUGGCAGAUUUCGUCAGAAUCUUGAGUUGACUAAGUACACUUUUGGGAAAGUCAAACGUUGUUGUUUGUGCUAAGAGCGUAUGGAUCCAUGAGUUCCAUUUUCCUAUUUUUCUUCUAUAGUUUAUGUCGCCUGCUAUAUCUUCUCUUCUUUCUUUCUGAGAACUGAAUUUUUGGUACCAUCUGCCUUUGAUUAUUUUUUUCCUUAGAAUAAAUGGGUAUCAUCUCAUUUAAAAAUGCCUUACUUUAUAUCAUUCAUGAUUUUGAUGUAAUAUUGUAGACAAGAUCAGUUAACUGGGAGGUAUUCUCGAACCAGACUGGCUGCAGAUUAAUUAUUUCUUUUUCUUUAUCACAAGAAAAUAUAUCCGGGUUCUUCAGACAUCAUGCAUGGGGGUUCAGCCGUUGUUGGCAACGGUUUUUUAUUUUUAUUUUUUAUUCGUGUAAAAAAUAUAUUUUUAUUCCAUUAUCUCUAAGUCGCGUCAAUUUCUUGCUAAUUCGGUUUUGUUUUCUAUCCGUUGACCUCAGGAACUGUCAAAAGUCGUCGCAAAGCAAGCUGAAGAAGGAAAGGUAUGGAAAAUCGUGUAAUUAUGAGUUACUGUCAUUAUAUGCGUUGGAAAAAUAGAUGCACAUGAUCUAUUUUAUAUAUUCAUCGGGGAAAAUAAAUUAUUUUACUUAUUCAGGAUCUCAUAAUAAUUAUUUAUAUUUUUAUUAUUCCUAUUUUUUGGGGAUAGCUUCACAUUAAUUGCUAGGAUAAUUUGUGUGUAUUCCCUCAAUUAAACAACAAUCGUUUGCAAUUUUUAUUGGAGAAUAUUAUCCCCCGUUCUUCAAGUGCUGGAUAUAAUGGGAAAUAUUUUAUUAGAAAUAUUAUAUUUACUCUCUUUUUUCACCUCAAAAAUAAGCCCAAAAGGAAAAUAGACCCUUGCCUUAUCUAUCUGAUGUUCAGGCUUUAGCUGAUGUCCGCAUCUCUCUCUCUCUCUCUCUCUCUCUCUCUCUCGCUAGCUAUCUCUCUCUUGCUCGCUCUCUCUCGUUCAGACUUAUACAUUGAUAUUAAUGAUUUUUUUCUUGCAUGCCCUUUCUCUACGAUUAUCCGUUGACUUUUGCGUCUCUUACAGGUUGCCAUUAGAAAUAUAAGAAGGGAUGCGAUCAAGGCAUAUGAGAAACUCGAGAAGGUGAGCAUCUCCAAAACCCACCCCAAACAACCCAAAAUACAUCUUUACCUUUUCUUUUUUUUCAAAAAAAAUUAGGAGAAGAAACUUUCCGAAGACAAUGUCAAGGACUUGUCGAGUGAUCUCCAGGUGCCACGACCCCCAGCCUCACUCAUGAUUUCAUCAAUUUACUGUUUUCAUUUAUUUCAUUAUAUUUCAUUAAUUUUAUUUAUUAUUGAUGCAGAAAGUGACAGAUGAAUACAUGAAAAAGAUAGACUCCCUUCAGAAACAGAAGGAGAAGGUACGAUCCUCCCAGCUCUAAUUUAUUCUUUUUUGGUAAAAAACAAAAAAGUUUCCUUAGAUGCUCUCUCUCUCUCUCUCUCUCUCCCUCUCUCAUGGGGUUGGUCUUUCAGGAGCUGUUGUCGGUGUGA